UGCGAUCAAAGGCGAGAAAAAAAAAAUCAGAGCUUGAGACGAAAAGGAAAAUCAGUCGCCAAAUUCUCCUUGACUGUCCCCGUCGUCUCCGCUCAUCUCUGCCGCGACUCCGUCACCGGCAAAUCACUGCGUUACGCUUACGUCAACUUCGAUUCCGCCAUCACCGCGUCGAAUGCGAUGGCGUGCUUGAACCACACCGAUCUGAAGGGGAAGACGAUGCGUAUAAUGUGGUCUCAGAAAGAUGUUGCGUACCGUCGUCGUAGUGGAUUGGGAAAUCUCUUCGUUAAGAAUCUUGACAGCUCCAUCACUAGCAGCUGCUUAGAGCGGAUGUUUAGUCCCUUCGGAGUCAUACUUUCUUGCAAAGUAGCUGAGGAGAAUGGCCAAAGUAAAGGCUUCGGUUUUGUUCAGUUUGCUACGGAACAAUCUGCUGUUGCUGCUCGUCUUGCCUCCCACGGCUCUAUGGUUGAUGGCAAGAAACUGUUUGUGGCUAAGUUCAUUAACAGGGAUGAAAGAGCUGCUAUGUCUGGGAAUCAAGAGUUCACAAACGUUUAUGUGAAGAAUCUGCUCGAGAGUGUUACAGAGGAUUUUCUCCAUACGAUGUUUUCCCAAUGUGGGACGGUCUCUAGUGUUGUGGUUAUGAGGGAUGGUAUGGGAAGAUCGAGAGGUUUCGGAUUUGUCAACUUCUGCCAUCUAGAGAAUGCAAAGAAAGCUGUGGAAUCUCUCAAUGGAAAACCACAUGGAUCGAAGAAGUUGUUUGUUGGAAGGGCUUUGAGAAAAGCUGAAAGGAUGGAGAUGCUGAAACAGAAGCACAAAGACAAUUUUGUUGUCAAGUUUAAUGUUGGUUGGUUUAAUCUGUACGUGAAGAACUUGAGUGAAGCAAUCAACGAAACAAGGCUGCUAGAGAUAUUUGGAAGCUAUGGGAAGAUAGUCUCAGCAAAAGUGAUGCAUGAUAAAAAUGGCAAAAGUAAAGGAUUCAAUUUCAAUUUAAAAAAAAAAAUUAAUAAAUUUUUUUUUUCUUAAGGACUCCAUCUUCAAAAACACCAUUGGACCACCUGUGUUGAUUUGAAUCCUUAACUAUUCAAACAAAAACCAAAAAAAAAAAAAUAUUACUAAAAUAUUCCUAAGGAUUCAUUGGUGAACCUCACCAUUGCAUAUGCUCUAAAUAGCCAUGUAUCGUCACGAAACGAUAUGCCUUGUUGUUAAAUGGUAAGGAUUGUCAUUGUUGUGUUCACGUUUACAACUCAAAAAAAAUACAAUGCAUUGUACUAUAAUUUUUUUUCCCAUACCAGUUUCUUUUCACCUAUCAUAUUAUCUGAUGUUGAAUUAGGAUUGGUUAGUUUGUUUGUUUUUAGGUUGAUAGAUCACAGCUAUAAACCCGGGUUACAAUCCUAAUUUGAGAGAUCAAAUUCACCUUUACGAAAUCUUUAUUUUAGUUUCUGAAAUUUUUUGAAAGCAUUUAAAACUUUGUGAAAUGUUUUAAAAACCACACAAAAUUUUGUGAAAGCAUUUAAUGUAUUAUUUGUAGAAAAUGAUUAAAUUUUUUAAAGAGAAUGUUAUAAUUUUUUUUAUCAUAUUUUAUAUAAAAUGAAGUAUAUAUUUAUAUUUAAAAUAAAAUAAAACGAUGAGUAAACUAGUUAGAAUUUUAUUUUAUUAUUAUUUUUAAUAAAUAUUUAAGAAUUUAAAUAUUUCUAAUAGGUACAAAUUGUAAAUAACACGUAAAUUAAAAUUAAAAUUAAAAUUUUGUUUAUUUUAAUAAAAUAGAUUUUUGAAAUAGAUAUUGAAAUAUUAAAAAAAUAUAUAAUCUAUAUAUAUAUAAAUAUGUUCGCUUCUCUCCUGUGAUGCCACGUCAUCAAGUCGUGCGUUAUGAGAGUGACACAUGUUCCAUUUUAUAUUUGAGGCCAAAAUAAAUGAAUGCAAUCAGGAGUAAUUGAACCCAUCACCUCUAACACUGGUAAUUUCUCUUAGAACCAAUAGGCUAAAGUCACUUUUUAUAAAUAUAUAAAUAUGUUCGUUUCUCUCUUGUGAUGCCACGUCAUCAAGUCGUGCGUUAUGAGAGUGACACAUGUUCCAUUUUAUAUUUGAGGCCAAAAUAAAUGAAUGCAAUCAGGGGUAAUUGAACUUAACACCUCUGGCACUGGUAAUUUCUCUUAGAACCACUAGGUUAAAGUCACUUUUUAUCAAUAUAUAGCCGCGAAAAUACUUAUUAUCGUGUCGGCUGGAAGCUCAUGCUUCUUGUGCUUGUGGCCGGGGCCGAUACUGAACUGACGUCAAGAUGAAGAUCGUGAAGUUAAAAACUUUGCUCCAAACAGUUUUGCAAUAUUUCUAACCUUUAUAACUUAAUGCAUAUAAUAUAUAUCAAAAUACAUUUGUUGUACACGCUUUUAUUAGUUUUGCUUUUAAAAGAAGGUAUUUACAGUUCUAAAUGUUUUGUGCCAGUGAAAUAAUGGUUGAAAAAUCUCUAUAGAUAUGUCAUUUUAAAAUAACACUCAACUUCUAUAUAUAGUCAAUACAUAUGUCCAUGUUAUAUUCUAGACUAAAUAUUUUCUCUUUUAAAAAUAUAGAAAACAGUUUUUUUUAAUCUACAAGCAAAUGUUGUAAAGCAAGUAUGCAUUAUACAAAAUAAUAUAUAUUUAAAAUCCAUACACAAAAACAUAAAAGUUGUUAUAGACCUUUUUCUGACACAUACACAUUCCACUAUGAAUAAGAAUUUAAAAAAAAACAGUAUUGUCAUCAAACUUUAUCACAAAUCCACAUUUGUAUAUCUAUAAUUAUGAGUUGGACAAUUAGUUAAUUUGAUACAAUAUCAAAGCAAAAAUAAUCGAAAAACAACUAUAUCACCGCAUACUAAUAAGUAACACAUAACAGAUAACUAAAUUUUUGAAUCUUAAAAAAAUUUCAACUCGAGCAUUUAUUGAAUAUCAAAUUAACUAAUAUCCCGUCCGUAGGGCGGGCCGAUCCUAGUAUAGUAAUAAAUUUAGUUUGAUGAGUUAAUUCUAGCUUUAUGAUGAAAAAGGGGUCAAAAGAGGUGCAAGGUUGGGUGUGUCUAGUUGGUUUUAAUAGAUCUUGUGGUUGGUGGAAGUGUUAUUAGCUUUGGUCCAAAACAAAUAUAUUCAGAGAGUGAGAGAGAGAGAUUAUAGAAAGACGACGACGACGCUUACCCAAAAUCUCGAAUCCCUAGGUUUUGGAUUUAAAAA